UUGAAAAUUGGUCAGAUGCUAAAGUAGUCUCAAUAGCUUUCUGACAAUAAAUACUUGCUUCAUUCGAGUUGCCUUUCUUUUCAUGAAUAAUAGUCAUCUUUUCAUAACAACAUUCGUCGCCAUUUGACUAUUUCUGUUACUUUCCAAUAUUUCGAUUGCUUUUUCGUAUGAAUCAAGAGCUAAGUCCAAAGUUCCAUAUUCAUAAUGAACGUUUGCUCUUUUUGCGUAACAUAAUAUGAGAAGCGGAGAAUUCUUCCCUUUUACCUUCAAGAGCUCAACUGCCCCAUUGUACCAUUCAACUGCGGGCUCUAACUCAUUAUUUUCAUGAUAAGUGUCCGCCAUAUCUAUAUAUACCCGUACAAUACAUAGCGUGUGUUCACUUUCGUCUGAUACUUUCAUAUUGACUCCGAUCAGUUGAUGGUACCAAUGGAUCACCGUGUCAUAUCUUUUAUAUUUUUAUAAUACUUUACGAUAUCAUUAAUACAACAGGCAAUAAAGCAGACAACGUUUGUUUGGUAUUUUUUUUAAUUUCGACCGCCUUUUUGAGCAGUUCUAGUUAAUCGAGGAAAACAUUAUUCCAUUGAUAAUGCUUUUAUUAAUCUGUCGAUUGUUGAUAGUGAAGAACAAUCAUCAAAAGAAGAAAACUUUCAUUUGAAUGCGAAUUAUACGACAUUUGAACAAAUUUACGGGACAAAAAGCUCUAUUUAAAUUCAGCAACUAUUCAAUGAUAAUCGUAAACGCCUGUUAGUACUUGGUCGUGCAGGGAUUGGAAAAACAACAUUUUGCCAAUAUAUUGCGUAUCAAUGGGCCAGGGGAAAAUUAUUUCAACAAUUCCGAUGUAUUCUGUGGAUUCGAUUUCGUUUUCUAAAUGCUACACGUUAUCCAAAAAAGCCGAAUAAUGAACAGUAUACACUGACAGACAUUGUUGAAAAAGAAUGUUUUCCGAACAAGCUCACUGAUGACGGUCUGUCUGUCCUGCGUUUUAUUCUUGGUGAAGUACGUCAAGCUGUUUCGACCACUUCACCCACAAUACUUUUAUUAUUAACGCGAAUGUUCUGA